AUGGGUCACCAACUAAGAAGGAUCAGGCCGCUGCUGGAGCCCCCGCCCGUCUGCCCCGCGCCACUUCAAAACCGGCGACGGGCUUCGCUCCUUGGAGACGGCGACGCCGCAUUUGCGUCACGGCGACGGCGCCGACGUGACGUCCCUGAGACUCCCCUCCCCUCCCCAAGACCAUGCCUCUGUUUUCUUGAAUCAGUUAUUAUUCUGCUCCAGGGAGUCAAGCUCUGGACGUGCUGGGAUUUCAGGAUGUCUUUUGAGGAUGAGCUUCAGCCUUUACAUUUGUCUUCCUCUGAUGACAGUGGUGAUCUGAAUCAGAAUUCUCCCAGUUUUCCCAAUUCCACCUAUAUUUCCAAUACGGUUACUUCUCCCCCAGAUGAUUUUGAUUCUACCCAGAUUCUGGAUGCUCCCAGUGAGUCUGGGGGACCAGGAAAGAUCAGUGUGGAACCAAAACUUCCAAGUCACCCACCCACGCUCCAAAUGGUGGCGGAAGCACUGAUGGCCAAGGGAGACAAACAUGGCACCUCCGUGGCAGCGAUCAAGUUUUAUAUUCGCCAAAUGUACCCGGCUGUUAAUAUGAAAAGACUCCGUUAUCUGCUGAAACAAGCCCUGGCCAAGGGGGUUAGUAAUGGGGUGCUCGUGAGACCACGGAAUUCUACAGCUACUGGGGCUAGGGGAAGGUUCAAAUUAGUGACCAAGAAUAAAAUCAAAGUGACUCAAACUAAAAAGUCAAGAGCAUCUGUCAAACCCAAGAAAAAGAAGGUCGUUAAGACCAGUGAAGCUGGAAAGGUUUCUUCAGAGACUGAGACCAAGAAGAAGGUUUCUGCAACCAAGAAGAAGAUGGCCACGACGGCUUCACCCAAGAAGAAAGUUCCUGCAACCAAGAAGACGGUGUCUGCAGACGCUUCAUCUGAGAAGAAGGUUCCAGCAACUAAGAAGAAGGUGUCUGAAGAUGCUUUGCCCAAGAAGAAGGUUCCUGCAUCCAAGAAGAAGGUAUCCAGGGAAGCUUCACCCAAGAGAAAGGUUCCUGCAACCAAGAAGAAAGUUCCUACAGCAGUGAAGAAGGUUCCUGUGAAAGCUUCAACCAAGACGAAGGUUCCUGAGAAGGCUAAGAAAGCUACUGUGGAGGGGAUGGCCAAGGAGGACUCAAAACCAAAAGAUGUGGAAGAGGUGAGAGCUAAAGCCAAGGGCAUGAAACCAAAGGCUGAAAUUACCAAAGGCAAGAAAAAAGCUCCCAUUAUACCUAAGAAAGUAGUAGAGGAUCGUAAAGCAGAGAAAACCAAACUCCGGGCAGCCUCUGAAGCACCCCUGAAGACCAGAAAGCAAAAGGGAUCACCCAACGUCCAAGUGAAAUCCAAAGGGGCAGCUGCCAUGUCUAAAGUCAGAAAGGCUGGGGGAACUAAAGAGGGAAAUGAUGAAUCAAAGACGACUGCUCAGAACAAGAGCAAGUUGGAUGUAGGUAUCAAGUCUUCUACCUCCCAAUCUAAAGUGUUGAGGGAAUCCGACACAGUUAAAGAUCAGCCCAGAAGCAAAGGAAAGAAACCUGAAGCCUCUAAAGUAUUCAAGAAAACUGGGAAAAGCCCCAAAGGUUCUUCAACCAAGCCAGCCAGCUCCAGUCUUCAUUUCCAAGAUCUAAAACUCUCAAGCAUGGACCUUAAAAGCUAA